UUUUUAGUGUCGCUUUCGCGCGCCGACCAAUGCAAAGGAACCGCGACGGCUCGUGGUCCUUAGGCGCCUCCGCGAACGGUGGAAGGGGUGUAUAUCUUCCUCAAGCGACUCGUGGGUUUUCCGAUUUCAAUGUCCGACAACCCAUAAGUUACAAUUUCCAGGCCCAGCAGAAUCUCAAUUUCCCUCAUCGACAGAUCCCUAGCUUCCCUUCUCACCAAUUUGGCGCAGCCGCUAAUGUUUUCCUCCAACCCCAUGCGCAGAGCGUUGAUAGUGGUGGGUCUAGAUUCCAUGGAUCUUCGGAGAAGUCUUCCUCGAAAUCAAGGCGCAAUGUAGAAGUCAAUCGUAUUGAUGAGGCCGUCAACGAGAAGCGUAAAUCAGUGAUUGCUUCUGGGGAGAGCGUUUCUUCGACUAGAGUGUCGCAAUCGGUUCUAGCACAACUUCAAGCUGAUUCCUUUGGUGUGCAAAUGCAAGAUGUUCCUUCGCUUCGCCAACUUAUGGCCCUUGAAGGCAAGAUCAAUGCGUUUAUUCAUUGCUUCAUUGGCGCUAGAAGAAUCGUGACCCUGCAUGAUUUGGAAGUAGCAAUAUGCCGAAACGAGUUUGUUGAUUGUUUUGAUGAUCUGGAAUUGGGACCUUUGCUGCAGCAUCCACUUGUCUUACUCUAUUUUCCAUCCAUAUCCGGUUCUAUUCAGAUCACUAGUGAGGAGAUAGUAUCAUUUCUUGAUAGCUAUCUGGACACUUAUGAUAUGGACGAUGUUCAGCUCGAUGAGUUCCUGAAUUUUGUUGCUGAGAAGAAAUCAGUUUCAAGCAAGGAAAAGCUUGGUGUGCGUAUUCAGAGCUUGCGGAUGUAUGUAUCUUUCAUUCAAGACGCGAAGAGACAAGAAGGCGAAACGUUGAAGAUCUUGCGGACUGAACUGCAUCAGAAGUAUCACAUCCUCUCAUCAAAGAGACAACAGCAAGAUAAAUCUCUUACUGUCUCUGACCAUGCUGACUUGUUUGCUUCACAUCCUAAGGAUUAUUGUGGCAAGCAUACAAGAUUUAAUUCAUCAAGCUCAGAUGACAAUGACAGUGGUGAUUGUGAGGUCGAGAAUGUUAAUAAUGCUGAUCAUUUCAGUAGUUGUCCAUAUCCACCUGUUGCAGAAGAAAUGAAGCAGCUUGGGAGUUCCAAAAAGAAAAGGAAGGUUGAAAGUUGUAAUCUUGAAAAAUCUUCCAAAUUGCUUAGAAGAGGCUCCUCUAAAUUACGUAGAGGACAUGUGAAAGAAGAGAUACCCAAAUCGGCAGAUGAUUCUGAUGCCAAGCAAGUUUUUGAUGUCAAUGAGGCUGAUUUCACACGUUCUGAAGGAGCUUUGAGAUUGUUCCUUUCUACCUGGAAGGACACAUGUAAAGAGCUAAGCAUGUCAAUGUUUGUCGAGAAAAUGUUGUCUUUUUACAACUUGGGGGGCUCCGAAGUACAACCUCAGAUUAAAAGGGCUAAAGCGAUGUCAUCAUUUCCAUUUGUUGGAUUACUACAUGUCGCUAAGGAGCUUGUAACAGAGGCUCUUGAGGAACAGAUACCGAUUGCGAUCACAAAACCAAACUUGGUUUCUGGAUAUGAUAACUGUGAAGGCAUGAGUACACGAGCUGACAAGGCAAACCCAUUGCGUCCUAUGUCUGUGAAGAGUGGCUCAACGUCAGGGAAUCUUGUUCAAGAAUGGAGCAAUUCCGCCUCAACUGACUUUGGGGUAAGAGAUGGGCUUCGCAGCAGCACACCUUGGGCAGCACAGGCGCAACAGACGGGUAGAAAAGGUGAGGAAAUCGCUUACAGAUACUUUGCUGCAAAGUACGGCAAGGAGGCUGUGGUUAGCUGGGUCAAUGAGCAGAGCGAAACAGGGUUACCGUACGACCUAAUAAUCAAAAACAGAGGUGGUAAGGAAGAGUACGUAGAGGUGAAAGCAACGGUAUCCACAGGGAAAGACUAUUUCAAUUUGACAGUGAAGGAAUGGGAGUUUGCAAAUGAGAAAGGAGAGAGUUACGUGAUUGCUCAUGUUUUAUUAGGCAACAGUAAUGCCAUCCUCACACAACAUAGGAAUCUUGUCAGAUUAUGCCAAGACGGUCAUCUUCGGUUGUUGAUUCUCAUGCCCAACCAGCGAACCGAGGUCACUGUUGCAUUUUAAACCCAAAAUUAGUUAGUUUUUUCUUGUUUCCCGGCAAAAAUAGUCCGGAUUUUACAGUGAUAUUAUUUCUUAAUUUCAAACUUAAUAUUGUUUUUAUAAA